CAGAGAUAAUACUUAUGAAAGAAUUAAAAUAACAGAUGUCGCAAGAAAAAUCUAAAACUAGUGAAGAUAAUGAAGAGCAAAGGAACCAGUACCUUGUUUAUGCGCAAAUGGAAAGUCUUAAUGAGAAACUGAAAUUGUUAAACUAUGAGAAAGAAUUUUGCAAGUUACGACACCAAAAACCCAUCACACGGCAUUAUUUUGCAAUCUGUACUAAUCCUGGAGAACAAUUCCACUGUUUCACUGCUCUGGCUGCUUGGCUUAUUUCACAGGCAAAUGGUAAAAUUGACCAACCACAAGAAUAUGAUGAUCCAAAUGCAACAAUUUCAACUAUUUUGGAUGCUGUUAGGACUUUAGGAUACACAGUAGAAUUUCCACCCUUAAAAUUAAAAAGUGGUUGUGGUGAAUACUGUAUUAAUGUUCUCAAUAUGCUGGCUGAUGCAAGUAUCCAGGCUCGGAACAUUAAACUGUUACCACCUAAAUAUCCGGAAGAGGAUGCAGACGAACUCGAUGUCCAGGAUGAUGAAUCCUCGCAAACUGACGAAGAAACAGCCGAAUGGACAGGAGCGUCUAUCGGUAGUCGUUUUAAAAACGGUCUUUCAGACUUUGACAGAUCAAGACCGUUUGAUGAGCAUGGUGACGAUGAUGCUGACGACGAUGAUGAGAUAAUGGAUUUGAAAGGACUUAGUCUUCAGAGUGGUCAAUCCCAUAAAGCUGAUUUGACUGAAACAAACGCAGAAAUUAAAACUAUAAGCAAAUUGGAUGAGAAAAAGCUGGAUGGUUGUGGAGUCUCAGAAUGUUAUAUAGAUCCAGCAGACUGGCAAUUAGAAGUUGAGAGAAUAUUACCACAACUCCGCGCCAAUGUUCGCAAUGACAUAAAGGACUGGAGGACACAUUUAGAUCAGAUGAAGCAACUAAAGGGAGAAAUUGAGACUACCUUCCAGGAUGCGAAGUCCCAACUAGUCAGACUACACAAUGAUCUAAACACUGCAGUAGAUAAAAUAAAUAAUCGGGAGAAGUACAUGAACAAUCAGGUGGAACCUUUGUUAGCUCAGUACAGAACUAUGCAGGCAAGUUUUACACGAUUUUCUAACACCAUUUAGUACGCAUAUUCAGAAAUAAUUCUCUGAAGUAAAACUUGUUGCUCGGAUGAAUGUUUGUAUUUAAGCGUUCUCAUAGACAGACAGUUUAGAAGUCGACAUUCCAGAAAGCAUUUUAAAGCAGGCAUGUCUAACCAUCAAGUGACAUCACUAGACAAGCCCUCGAGUGGAACCCGAAAGGGAGGCGGCGAGUUGGUCGUCCAAGGGUGACUUGAAGGAGGUCAUGCGAGGAGGAGAUGAAAGCAUGUGGACAGACCUGGAGCAGGGUGAAAAAGUUGUCAGAAAACCGAAGGCAAUGGAGGUGCGCAGCUGAAGCCCUAUGUUCCUCUAGGAACUAAAGGAUACAAUAAUAUAAUAAUAAUGUUUAACCAGGAGAAAUAGAUGAAUUAUGCACAAAAUGAACAAAUGAAAACUAAUUUCACAGUGAACUUGCCAAAGAUUUAAAAAGAAUAUUCAUUAACUUCAUGAAUAAUAAGAAUAACUUACUAGAGAAUAAGGCUUAUCCCAUAUCACUGUCGUUGAAUAAGGAUCACGUACAAUGCAGAGAAAAAAAAUCAGAAAAUUAAGUUCCAGUUCCAACUGUUCAUUCAGAACUAGAAGUGGUGUAUGCUGUUUUUCUCAGGGAGUUUUAGUGCAUUCUAUUUAUCCGUGUUAAUUACUAGUAUGUUCAAUAAACAGAGUGUGAAUGAAUCGUGAAAGGAUUUUCUUCUCCAUAGCACUCUUAAGCAGACAAUAUCAAUCAUAUAAACUUGUCGUUAUGAUAGAAAAUGUGAUUGUAAAUGAUCUUAUAAACAUGAAAAUAUCAUAGAUCACAAUGAACCACGAACAAGAAAUACAAAACACAUUUCAAAGUGAAUACGUCCUCUUCAAUACACUGGUAACACAUGAACAUGAAUUCCAAAUGCAUGGCUUCCGUAAUGUCUAAAAGUUGACCAAAAUUAACCAAA